AUGGCUCAGGCUAGGAGGAUAAAUUCUGUCAAAAAAUUGAACGGAAGUAUCCAAUGUGGAUGGCUGAUUAACGUCAAGUUGUGCAAUUUGUGGGAUCGCCAUCAUUUUAAAAAUUGGGACAGAGUGGAGAGCCGUGAAAUGCUUCUUAUGGAUUCAAAUGGUGACAGAAUUGUUGCCGGGGUCCAUCAUGACCACUUUCAUCGUUUCAACGAAAAGCUCAUUGAAGGAACUUCUUUACUGAUCUCUAACUUCGGAUGUGCAAAAAACGGAGAGAGAUUCAAGCAGUGCAAACAUGUUUUCCGGAUAAAAUUUGAUGAGCGUACGACAAUCGAACCUGGCCCGUAUGUUGACACUACCAUCUUUGGAGGAAUCCAUGGAUUUGAUUUUGUCAGUUUCGACUAUAUCAAUGCCACAAAAGAUUUAUCCAAAUUAGUAGAUGUAAUAGGGCAGAUCAAAACAACGAGUGGUCUGACAAUGAAAAUGGCAAGAGGUCGAAAUCAACAUCAUAUGGAAUUGCACAUUAUGAAUGAAAGAAUCACUUGUACUGCUGGAUUUGAUGAAAAUGCGAAGAUUGAUGUGCUUCAGCCUCAGCCAAAAUCAGGAACAAUUGAUGAUGUCAUUACAUGGCAUAAAAUCACCAUUGAAGAGUUGUCGACUAUUACUACACCAAGGGUAUCCCCAACAAUCAAAUACCGGAGGAACUUUACCAACUUGUGGGGAAGAGGCUCAUAUUCAAAUUUGAGGCGACUGAUUAUGUCAUACAAACGGGGGUCGACGGUUUACAAAUGCACAAAAAUUAUUGAGGAUCCCAUACUUAUUAAAAAAUUUGAGAAUGUUGUUUCUCCAGUAGAGGUUUGCCCUAAAUUUGCUGAUAUUGAAGAUGAUAACAGUAUCACCAAUCUGGAUACAUCUGAUGUGGCUAUUUUGCAGUCUGUUUCCUCAAACAUCCCCAAGGUGACUGGUUUAAGCUCUAUUGGAACUGAAUAUGAUCAAGACGAUGAACCUAUCACUCCUGUUAGUUCUAUUCAAAAGUGGAAAGUUGUUGAGAUUGACAUUGACGAUGAAGAACAUCAGGCUUCAACGAAUAAAAAGCAUGUCUAA